CAGGACGAGAACAAACAACGCUCUUUCCAACCACAUACCCAUUUCAAUGGCCAACCCUGUUCAAAGCUUUUUUAUUCUUUUUGCUAUUAUCAGUGUCUGUUGGACCUCAGUGGCCGACGCAGGAGGAGCGAAAGUCAACAAUGUCACGCCCUCAAUGGCGCGCACUAUCUUGAUCGCAGCUAUGUCUCAUGAGAUGGACACAGUGGCAUCCGCGGACCUGCCGUCAAGCCUAGCGAAGACGGAAGCCAACACCACCUGUAUCAUGACAUAUUGCACGGACGCGGCUUUGGCUUGUGUGAAGGACCAGGCAUGCCGCACCGCCCUGUCCUGCCUCUCAACCUGCGACUCAUUGGAAGACGAUAGUCCCGACAAGAUCGAGCUGCAGAAAUGCACGGCAGACUGCGUGGUGACCUAUGAGAACGAGGCCUUGGACGCCGUCAACGGCUGCUUCGACUCUCACGACUGCAUUGCCCUGACGCCCAUCCCCCUCGCGUGCCGGGACACCCAUCCUGCCUUUCCGAUCCCACAAAAUGUCACGGACAUGGAAGGGGCGUGGUGGGCGACUUGGGGGAAGAACGCUGUGUACGACUGUUAUCCGUGCCAACGCCUGUCGUUCUCCCCGCUGAACGCCUCGUCCUGGCUGUACACGUCCAAGUACUUGACCCCCACCUUGGAGGGCGGGGUGCGGGCCUACGAGCUUCAGGCAGCAUUUCCUUGGCCGGCGGACGGUAUGGCGACAGCCAUUGCCUUCAAUUACACCUACCAAGGAAUGAGCCACGGAGAGGAGUGGCGGUUCCUACACGUGGCCCCAUCCCUUGUUGUUCUUUACUACUGCGGGCAAGGCAACACAUGGCAGUACGAGGGAGGGCUGGUCUUGUCGCGAGAACGAAGCAGCCCCCCCGACCACGUCUCCUUGGCCGCAGAGGCCUUUGCAAAAAUUGGCAUAGAUUUUGAGGAGGAGUUUUGCGAGCUGCAACCCAACCGCCCAUGUCCUGCCCUUUAAGCGAGCAUUGCGAGCCCUUGGAGCCCAGCAUCCUGAGAGAUAUGGAGAGAGCCUAAACUGGAGCAUGCUUGGAAGGGCGGUAGAGCCACGGGGGUGUCUCCUUGUUUCCCGGUGUACAGACAAGGCUUGAGGAAUAUCGGAAUGGUAGCAAAGGGUUAAGGAACAAAUCAUCC